AAGCUAAAGAUCCGUCCACGUCGACAAAACGCAGAGAGAGCACACACGCGCAUAGAUACAAACAGCACAGCACAGCCUCCAUAACAGUUUAGAGAUUAGAGAUAGAGAAAAGCUCCAGGCGAGCUCUGUAAUUUGAUUAUAUGGCGGCCAGUACAGCUCGAGCUUUUUUUCUCUCUCGAAUCUCUGAUUUCUCUCCUAUUACUAAACCCCAGCCUUUCUCUCCCUCUGCUUUCUCUCGCCGUUACUCUCCCGUUUCCUCCACCGUUAGUUGUCUAAGUAGUAGCAGCAGCAGCAGCAGCAGUAGUGGAGGUGGUGUUUCGGACGACACCGUUUCCACUCGGAAAUCAAGUUUUGACCGUGGAUUUUGCGUAAUCGCUAACAUGCUUAAAAAAAUUGAACCUCUAGAUACAUGCGUUAUUUCUAAAGGCGUCUCGGAUUCUGCUAAAGAUUCAAUGAAACAGACCAUAUCUACCAUGUUAGGCCUUCUCCCAUCCGAUCAAUUCUCCGUCUCUAUUAGACUUUCUAAACAUCCUCUUGACCGCCUCCUCGUCUCCUCCAUCAUGACAGGGUAUACAUUGUGGAAUGCGGAGUAUAGAAUAUCGUUGAUGAGGAAUUUUGAUAUUUCCGUGGAGAAUUCUAAGGAAUUGGAUUCUUUGGAAAAGGAUGAGGAAUUGAGCGAAGAUAGAGAGGGUGGAGUUGGUGAAGUUUGCAUUCAAGAUUUGCAGAUUAGUCCUCAGAUUUUUGGGGAUUUGUCGCCCGAGGCUUUGAAUUAUAUUCAACAAUUGCAGUUGGAGUUAUCUGAUGCGGAACAGGAACUGGAUGCUCGGAAACAGGAAACCAUGCGAAUAGAAUGUAAUAAAGGAAGUAGGAAUGACUUACUAGAGUAUUUACGUUCUUUGGACUCUGAAAUGGUGUCAGAAUUAUCUCGACCAUCAUCUGUGGAGGUGGAGGAUAUAGUUCACCAGCUUGUUCAGAACGUAGUACGGAAAUUCUUCAAAGAUGAUCCUACCUCCAGGUUCAUGGGGUGUUCAGCAAUAUCAAAUACGGAAAAUCACAAAGAUGGUGCUGAUGAAUUUUGCGACAGCAUGGGCACUUCUCGUGAUUACCUAGCAAAGCUGCUUUUCUGGUGUAUGUUGCUUGGCCAUCAUUUAAGAGGCUUGGAGAACAGAUUGCAUCUAACUUGUGUUGUGGGAUUGUUGUAAAGGAAAGGAGGCAUGUACAUUCCUUUCGUUUUGUUAUUUAUGUACCUUUUUCUUUUUUCCAAAAUAUAAACCAUUUCUAGUUUCUUCCAAUUUGUCACCUUCUUGCUUCCAUCAAUUUCUUAGUUUUCAACUUUAUCUCCAAAGGUGGGAAUAUAAUGUCUGAAUGAUGUACUUCCAGACCAUAGAUCAGUAGGCAGUAACCAUACCUUUUGCUGUAUUUGCCAAAAUUUUCAGUUCUUGUAGUUUUGACAUUGGUGUUGUACAUUAGUGUGGUUUUGACUUUAGUGUUGGAGGAAUAUAAAGUUGAGGAUACGAGGAUGGAA